AAACAACAACACUCUACACUACACUACACUACACUACAAUCAAAAUGGUCUUCAACUGGUUCAAGUCUUCCAAGGAGGAGUCCUCCGCUACCCAACAACCCUCCUGGGACGCCAACACUAUGACCAUGCAGCAGCCUUCUAGCCCCGAGGCUCCUUCUACUGAGCGCGUCGUUACGCAGCAGCCUAACACCCAGGAAGAAAUGAAGAUGGGUCUGCGUGGUGGUGGUGCCGGUGAUGUGUGCUGCGGAGUUUGCGCCGGUCUUCUCUGCUUCGAGUGCUGCGAGGAGUGCUGCUAAACGCACACCUUAUUUCCUCUCAUACAUACGUUCGACUACUGUCUCCGUAUCUUGAUGAACAAAGAUAAAAAGGAAAAAAAGAUUAAUAAGGAAACGGACAUGUGCUGCCCAUCUAUGAGACGAGCUAUGAAAUGCGGCCCUGGGUCAAGAUGAUUUCAUGGAUAUGGCCAAUGGAUGGAUGAUGGAUGGUGUUUCAGUUGGUUUUGGAUUUACCCUUGCGAGAUCGCUUAUACCCGGUGUUUCUAUCACAUCUACUAUUUCUCUCUAUUUUCGCUUGGUUCUAGAAAUGAAUUGAGUUAAGAUGAUUGCUUGUUUGAUGG